UGAUGAGGCUGCACUGAUGAACACUAAUAGGCAGCACUGAUGGGCACUGAUGAGGUGGCAUGGAUUGGCAGCACUGAUUGGCACUGAUAGGCGGCACUGCUGGUCACUGAUAAGUGGCACUGAUGAACAGCACUGAUGGGCGGCAUUGAUGGGCGGCACUGACUGGUGGCAUUGCUGGGCACUGACUGGUGGCACUGCUGGGUGGCACUGCUGGGCACUGAUGGGUACAAGUGGGAGGCACUGCUGGGCACUGGUGGGAAGCACUUCUGGGUGGCCCUGCUGGGCACUG